AUGUCUAAGCGGCCCAUUCCGAUUGAUGAUUUAUUGAAAGAUGACUUUGCAAAACCUACAUAUAUACCGAAGUCCAAGCGGUCCAAGAUAGCUGAACAACAGACACUGGAGAUACCACAAGUCCAAGGAAAAGCACCAACUUCAUCGUCAUGGAGAAAUACAGUAAAACCAUCAAGGAAACUGCUAGAACCCCUGAUAUGGCAAAACUAUCAGGCACCAAAGAAACCGGCUCGACGCAAAUUCCAAUUUGAUUGGGAUGAAUCGGAAGAUACGACAAUUACGACAUCACUGACAUUUCGACGAAUAUUGCCCUCUUUUGAUGAUGAAGAGGAAGAUCAAGAGCAACUAGAUGCUGCAAAUGAUCCAUUAUUGAAAGAUGAGUUGAGUGGACAUUGGUCGACAAAACAGGUAUCACAAAUGACCGAACGAGAUUGGAGGAUAUUCAACGAAGAAUUCUCCAUCACUUAUCGUGGUGGCAAGAAUGUUCCUCAAGCAAUCCGCUAUUGGCAAGAAUGUGAAUUGGGAAAACCAAUUCAACAAUGUAUACAAGAACUAGGUUAUAUGACACCAACUCCGAUUCAAAGAGCUAGUAUCCCCAUCAGCUUAGCUAAACGAGAUGUAGUUGGUGUUGCAGAGACCGGUAGUGGUAAAACUCUUGCGUAUUUGCUACCCAUAUUUCAAUACUUGUCCCAAGUUGAUUCCAAUUUCAUGCAGUAUGAAAAAAGCAAGAAUGAAGCAUUGGCUUUAGUCUUGGCGCCAACUCGUGAAUUGGUGUUACAAAUCACAGUUCAAGCGGAGAAAUUGUGUACACGAUUAGGAUACAAUGUUGUUUCGAUUAUUGGUGGACAUCAGUAUCAAGAUACGGUUGAAGAGAUAGAAAAUGGCGGUGGUAAAGGAGGAGUUGACAUCAUAGUUGCUACACCUGGUAGAUUAUUAGAUUCAAUUGAUCGCAAAAUCAUUAACCUUCAAAAAUGUUACUACUUAGUCAUGGAUGAAGCUGAUCGAAUGAUUGAUUUGGGAUUUGAGAAAGAUUUGCAUAAGUUAAUUGCCCAUUUACCUAAUCAGGAUACUCUACAGCGGACAAUUGAUGGGAAAAUUUUUCAUUUGAAUCAACGAAUAAGUUCAAUGUUUACUGCAACUAUAUCACCGCCAAUUGAAAAAUUGACCAAAUCGUACUUGGUUGAUCCUAUUUAUGUUACAAUUGGCGGAGCAGGUGAAGCCUUAGAUAAUAUCGAUCAAAAAUUUGAAUAUUUGCCAUCUCUGAAAUUGCAAACUGGACAAUCUAUGGAACGGAUUAAAUUGGAAAGCUUGCUUCGUUUGAUUCAAACCCACAAACACAAUAAUCCCAAUGGUCUUAUUAUCAUAUUUGCCAAUUUCAAACUUGUUGUCGAUACAUUGUCUGAAGAAUUAGAAUCAAAACAACUUCCCAAUGUAAUCAUUCACGGAUCGAAAUCACAAGAACAAAGAGAAUUUGCUCUUGAACAGUUCAAACUGCAUGAUCCAUCUAUAUUAGUAGCUACUGAUGUUGCUGCCAGAGGUAUUGACAUACCUCAAGUGAGUCUUGUUAUUAAUUUUCAAAUGCCCCACAAAUUCGAUGAGUAUAUCCAUAGAAUUGGAAGAACUGGUCGUGCUGGGCAGUUUGGUACAAGUAUUUCAUUUGUCGAUGAUGAAGAUACGGGGAUUUUCUCAGAAUUGAAAAAGUUUUUAACAAAGGGGGGUAAGAAAGUACCUGAUUGGUUGUAUCGAUAUAAUUCAACAACGAUCAAAGAGUGA